AUGGAAAUUUGUUUUGAUACAAUUCAAGAUUAAUUGGCAAAGCACUCUGAUCUGGCAAAGAUAGUAGAUUUUAAUGCGCUUUCUUAAAAACCUGGCUUUAAAAUUGAACAAUGUAAUAACCGGAUCUAUAUUGGUCAAAUGAUGAAUGGAAGGAAGCAUGGAAUAGGUACAAGAUUUGAUAUCUAUAUAGGCAUUCUUAAAGUAGUGGAUUCUUUAAAACUUUAUAUAGGCGAGUGGGUGGCAGAUCAAAAAUAAGGUUUAGGAUAUGAAAAAUUCUCAAAUGGAGCUGAAUAUUAUGGUAGUUAUGAGAACAACAAAUAAAAUGGAUAUGGCGAAUAUUUUUGGGUUAACGGAGAAAUUUAUAAAGGCCACUGGAUAGAUGGAAAGAAAAGUGGUUAUGGUGAAUGGUUGAGUUAAAAUUCAUGGUAUAAAGGUGAAUGGAAGAAUGGUUUUGUUGAAGGAAGAGGAGUCUAUUAAUCUGAAAAAGGUAUAUCAAAUUUUAAUUUUAGGAGAUAUAUACACAGGUGAUUUUAUUACAUCUAUGAAGCAUGGCAUGGGUGAAGAACGUUUUUCAAAUGGUGAUUUAUUUAGAGGAAAUUUUAAAAAUGGCAAACCAGAUGGUUAUGGUGAAUACUUCUGGAAAUGCGGCAGUUUCUAUCAGGGUACACCUUUAGUGUGAUAUUUAGGCUUUUUUCUAAAUGGUAUGAGGCAUGGUUAAGGUUUAUGGCAAUCUUCAACGUCUAGUUUGUGUGACAAAUAUGAUGGAGCCUAUUAGUUUGAUAAAAAAUCAGGAUAUGGUGAAUUUACUUGGGUUAAUGGAACUACUUAUAAGGGCUAAUUUCAAGAUGAUGUUAGGUAGGGAUACGGAGAAAUGUAUUCCAAAGGUAUUUUAAUUUAUUAAGGGGACUGGGAAAGGGAUAUAAAAAUAGAAAAGUUAGGAGUAAGAUUAAAAUUUUAAUAGAAAUAAUAAACUCAAAAUCGCAUAGCCUAAUAAUCAAAACAUUUAAACGUUGUAGAAAUUAAGGAAUUAGAAGAAGAAUUUAAUGGAUCAGAUCCUGAAAGCCUCCUAUAAGAAGAUAAGAAAAUAAAAAUUAAAAAAAUGGAGAAGUUUAGAUUAACAACAUUAAAUGUGGACAGCAGAACUAAAACCCAUCGUAUAUCACCAAUGAAACGAAGUUUAGAUUUACAAAAAUGCUAGGCUUCAACUUAAAAUAAAAAAAAUAGAGCUAAAUCUCAAACAUUAUGCAAAAUACAAGUUAUUCAAUAAAAUAAGUAGAGAUCAACUUCUUUUUAAAAUGAAGUCUAAAAAACGAAUAAAUAAACAACUACACAUAUCAAAAAUUCAUAACCAAAACAAAGUCGAAUAUAAUUAGAAAAAUUGAAAUGA